AUGAUGAAGUUCGCUUGGGACAACUACCGGCGUUACGCCUGGGGCAAGAACGAGCUUCAGCCCCUGACCAGGAAUGGGCACACAGGGAGCAUGUUCGGUGGGCUGAGGGGAGCCAGCAUCGUGGAUUCACUGGACACUCUCUACAUCAUGGGCCUGAACGAGGAGUUCGAGGAGGCCAAGGAGUGGGUGGAGACGGUACUGGACAUGAGCACGAAUGGAGAAGCAUCCCUCUUCGAGGUGAACAUCCGCUAUGUGGGCGGCCUGCUCUCGGCGUACUACCUGACAGGCGAGGAGCUCUUCAAGAGGAAGGUACUGGAGCUGGGCGACAAGCUCUUGCCUGCCUUCAACACGCCCACGGGCAUCCCACGUGGGGUCAUCAACCUGGGCAGUGGCACCAGUUGGAGUUGGGGUUGGGCUUCAGCAGGCAGCAGCAUCCUGGCCGAGUUCGGAACGCUGCACCUGGAGUUCGUCCACCUGUCUGAGCUCACGGGCAACCCUGUCUUUACUGAGAAGGUGAUGAACAUUCGGAAGCUUCUGAACAAAAUCGAGAAGCCGCACGGACUCUACCCAAACUUCCUGAGUCCCGUCACCGGGAACUGGGUUCAGCAUCACGUGUCUGUCGGCGGACUUGGGGACAGCUUCUACGAGUACCUCAUCAAGUCAUACCUGAUGUCGGACAAGCAGGAUGAGGAGGCCAAGAAGAUGUAUUACAGUGCGCUGGAGGCCAUAGAAUCCAACCUGGUGCAGAAGUCCCCCGGAGGCCUGACCUACCUGGCGGAGUGGAGAGGUGGCAUCCUGGACCACAAGAUGGGCCACCUGGCCUGCUUCUCCGGGGGCAUGGUGGCGAUCGGCGCCGAUGACGGGCGACCCGAGAAGAGGCAGCACUACCUGGACCUGGCUGCCGAAAUUACCCACACCUGCCAUGAGUCCUACAAGCGCUCAGCCACCAAACUGGGCCCCGAGGCCUUCCGCUUUGACGGAGGCACGGAAGCUACGGCGACCAGGCUGAGCGACAGGUACUACAUCCUGCGGCCCGAAGUCGUCGAGAGCUACAUGUACAUGUGGAGGAUGACGCACGACCCCAAAUACCGCCAGUGGGGCUGGGAGGCCGUGGAGGCCCUGGAGCAACACUGCCGCGUGGAAUCCGGCUUCUCGGGAGUCAGGGAUGUGUACACCACAACGCCGAGUCACGACAACAUGCAGCAGAGCUUCUUCCUGGCGGAGACGCUGAAGUACCUCUAUUUGCUCUUCUCCGAUGAUGACCUGCUGUCCCUGGAUGACUGGGUGUUCAACACAGAGGCCCACCCCCUGCCCAUCAUCCGGCGGAACUGCUCGCCGGAGCGGGGAGGGGCACCGGGCAUCGACGCGACGGGACCUUAAUAGCACAGACCACCAGCUUGCCCCCUCCCACGCCCCCUCCAGCUUGGUCCAGGCCGUUCCCUCCGACCUGCCGGCGGCUGGAUGAGCCAAAGCCGCGAGGCCGUAUUUCCAGUUCUGGGUCCCUCUCCUGCGAAGGACCUCGUCGCUAUGCUGUGAUCUUUUUUCCUGAGCCCGGAUGUUUUGUCCUGCAGGGGGCGCCGGUAUUAUUUUCGGUGGACAAUCAGAGACUUUGACAAGGAAAUGGAAAAAAAAAACAAGAAAAAUACUAAAAAUAGAAAGCACCUUUUUCAUUCCUUCCUUCCUUCCUCCAUGAGGAAAACAAUAUUUGGGUGGCUGGCAGCCCUCAGUCCGGGGGCUCUCACAGAAAUGGUGGCAGUACUGUCAGGCGGAGAUAAACCACUGAGGCUUUUACGUGCCCCCCUCCUUCUCCCGGCCCCCCCGGGCCCCGUGCAGUGGUUUGGUGGAUUCCUUCAUGCUCUUUCUCCUUUUCGUAGCGCUUGUUAUCUGACCAAAGGUUUACUCAUGGUUAUUAACAUUUUAUCUUUUCUUACUCAAAAAUCACCCUCUUUUGUUGUUGCCGUUGCCUUCGGUGAAUGUUGGCUUUUAUCUGAUGGGAUUUACAGAAUGUGAAAAACACACACUUUGAAACCUUGAAUGAAUUAGCUAUACAUAUAACAUUAUAUACGUAUGUACUCACACACACACAAACACACACAUACAAACACAUACAGAAGGCUUCUGGAAGCAGGUUGCUUCCAGGUUCAAAAUUUCUAAGACAGCAGUACACAAGAAUAUGGUGAAGCAGGAGACACUGGGAACGACCAGAAACCAACCAGGUAAAGGGCAGAAGCGACUUUCUAAUGCCCAUCUAACGCCCAGAUGACCAUCAACGUAUCUGACAGUUUCUCAUGAAUCGGAGGAUGACCUCAAGUGACCUUCAAAAGGAGUGGGAAACGCUAAGUGCAGAUGUGAAGUGCAGUGUUAUCGUGUCAAGCUUCUACAACAGGACUGCUAGGUCCCAUAAAACAGGGAAGAAGCAGGCUGCAGUUUGGAGUCAUUCACAGCCAUGAACUGAGAAAUGAGCGAAACGAAAAAUUGUGCUGUGGUCUCUUAAUGGUUUCCAUGGCUGUAGAGAAGAGAAUGUUUGCCACUCGUUGCACUUCUCACAAUGUCUGUACUGGUUUUGACCUGACAGGGUGGGGACAAAGGCUUUAUUCAGGUCAGUGUCAUCAACAUUGUCACUCACAGCCUUUCUCUCCAAUGUCCUGCAAGCCGUCCAUCACUGCAGGCGUCACCCGUACUGUGGAGCACACACACACACACACACACACACACACACACACACACACACACACACACACACACACACACACACACACACAGCUAUAGAUACCCAGGUCCGUGUGAAUGCACCCAGUUAUUGAUCUAUCUUGAUUUUUUAAAAAUGCACAGUUUUGUUUCUUAUUAUGCAAUUCUUUGCUUUUUCAUUUUUUCAUUUUUUGUUGUUUUCCUCAGGUGUCUCUGUAAAAAAGUUAAGUUCUGAAUCAUGGUUACUAUCGCUACGAUAAUUAUUAUUAUUGUUAAUUUCACCUUUCUUCUGUUGUUGAAUAUUUUCCUCUACUGGUGAAUCGCUGUGCAGCUUUGUACAUUUCAAACAAGAUGGCUUUGUUCA